AGAUGGGAGAUUGGAACUUCCUCGGUGGGAUCUUGGAGGAAGUGCAUAUCCACUCUACCAUGGUGGGAAAGACCUGGCUGACCAUCCUCUUCAUCUUCCGGAUGCUAGCACUUGGCGUUGCUGCAGAAGGCGUGUGGAACGAUGAGCAGGCCGACUUCAUCUGCAACACAGAACAGCCAGGGUGCCGCAAUGUGUGCUACGACCGAGCCUUCCCCAUCUCUCUCAUCCGCUACUGGGUUCUCCAGGUCAUCUUCGUCUCCUCGCCCUCUCUGGUUUACAUGGGCCACGCCAUCUACCAGCUGCGAGCUCUGGAGAAGACGCGUCACACUAAGAAGGCGGCUCUGCGUCGGGAGCUGGAGGCGGUGGAAGUGGAGCUGAUUGAGGUGCGGAGACGUAUCGAGAGGGAGAUGAGACAACUGGAUCUGGGGAAGCUCAACAAGGCCCCACUGAGGGGGUCCCUGCUACAGACCUACGUGGCCCACAUCAUCACUCGGUCUGUGGUGGAGGUGGGCUUCAUGCUGUGCCAGUACCUCCUUUAUGGCCACCACCUGGACCCUCUAUUUAAGUGCAAGAGGGAGCCCUGCCCAAAUGUGGUGGACUGCUUUGUCUCCAGGCCCACGGAAAAAAACAUAUUCAUGAUGUUCAUGCAGGGCAUCGCCGCAGUGUCCCUCUUCCUCAGCCUCUUGGAGAUCAUGCACCUGAGCUACAAGAAGCUCAAGAAGGGCAUCCUGGCCUAUCAAACACAUCUCAAGGAUGACAUGGAUGACUACUAUGUUAGCAAGUCCAAAAUAAACUCUGUUGUGCAACAGGUUAACAUGGGGGCCACCUCUGUGGGCCCCAAGCCUACUAUCCACACAGCACAGAGUGGGUACACAUUCCUGCUGGAGAAGCAGGGUAAUGGACCCACAUAUCCCCUCAAUGCCUCUUCUGCCUUUGUUCCCAUUCAGGGGGACCCUGGAGUCAAGCCAGGUACUGACAGCCACAAUACAGACAGUAAGGAGGGAGUGUUGCCAAGUCCUACUGAGCACAACAGCAACUCAAACACCAGCAGUGAGAUGACUCGGUCUCCCUAUGUGGAUCAGCCAGAGGACCUUGUCAUGCACCCUCGACCCUAUCACAUGGAUCCUCUACCCUGCCACGUAGAUCCUCUCCCCCAUCUCCCCCACCAUGUGGGCUUCAAUUCACAGGGCUCCGAGUACCCCGGGGUAGAUGCCUCCUCAUGUCCGACCCUUUCGGUCAUUGUGAGGAAACCACGACGGGUCAGUGCCCCAUGGAACUGUUCCACAGUGGUGGAAGGGAAUGGCUCAAAUAGUGGGGACUCCUACCCUGGGACAAUAAGAAUGAAGCCACGCUGCAGCUUAGCUGCCAGCCGAGCCAGGGCCUUCUCUAAGCCGGACCUCAAGAGAAUGAGCAGACCUCAUAGCCCGGACUCAAUAGGAGAGCUGAGGUCUACGUCCCGGCACAGCCAUGAUGGCAACAGUCCUCCCGUCUGCUCUCCCAACCGCCAUAUGUCAUUGGCAAGUAACGCCACAAGCAGACGAGCUCCAGGCGACCUGCAGAUCUAAGAGUUAGGCUAUUAAACUCAUUUCACAAGAAGUUGUUACAGUGUUAGGCUAUGCUCACAUUCCCCCAUCACUUCCAUUGAUUGUAAAGCUUUUGAUGGCUAAAAUUAAUUGAGGUUUGUAAUGGCUGUUUAAAGAUUUACAGUUUCUCUUGACCCACUACUUUCAGGGUGAAGAACUACCUAACAUCAAGUUGUAAAAUAGUGAACUACACCUUGAAGCAGGAUAAACCUGUUUGAACGAAAAAGUAUAGCCCCGCCAGUGUCAUGUUUACAGCAUUGCUUUUUUUGUCAAAUAUACUGUACCAUAAAAAGAGGUGCAUUUUGUAGUAAUGAACAAAGAGCAUUUAGUCUGUGGUAUUGCACUUUUUUAAAUUCAGUUCAGAAUUUGACUUGACUUUCCCCAGUUGAAAUUGGUAGCUGGAGUUCACUAGCUACCAAACUAAUCAGGAUAUUUUGUCAGCGACAUUACGAUCCAUUUUAGUAUCAGUCCAAUUAAUCGUUUCUUUGCUCAUGAUGUACUGGUCAAAUGUAUUCAAUACUAUUCACUAUAAUAAAAUACAGUUAAGAGUUUAACUGUAAUUGAAAACACACUACUACAAGGACUUUGGCUAAGGAAUAAUAAACUAGUUGCAUAUUACUCAACUAGUUUUUUUCCCCCCAGGUCGGAUUACUGCAGAUGUCCUCAAAUAGCAUUGAUAUUGUGGCCCAAAGCCCACUGAUCAUUUGACAAUGUAAAUUAUACAUAUUUAUGGUGCUGUGGUAGGGGAUUAUAUUUGAAAAAUGUAUUUUUACUGAACAUUGAUUUGUUUUCACAAUUGUAUAACUUCCUCUAAAAUAAAGUACAAA